AUGAUUUGGGCCAACUACACACGCGCUGUUAUAAUCCGCCAAGCUGUCUCGCUCAACGUCCUCGCCGUCUCCACCAUCGACCCUGCCAGGAGACAGUUGGGCGUGCGGCCAUUGAAACGCCGUCCAGGCUCAUCCGAAGCGUCUGCAACAGUGCGAAAUGUCAGCCAUGUAGACUUGAGCUCCACUUAUCACGCCGGAUCAUCUAGUAAUGAUUCUGACACGGAUAACUCGAGCGACGACACUGACCGCGAGUUGCCUCUUGUUCGAGGGCGCCGUCGGUCAUUCAAGUCUUCGCGACAAGACGUCAUGGAAAACGUUAGAAGAAAAAGGCGUCAGCAGUCCCCGCCUCUGCGUGCCUCGAGUCCUAUUCCUGCGGACUACACAGGCGAGCAGUUGCAAAAUGGCCCCUCACCCCAUCGGAUCUCGUUUACUCGAUCACGUUCACCCCACAUGCGCGCGAGCAACUCUAGCCAAGGGGUAAACACCCAACCCGGCGGCGGUGCUGCACCUUUCCUGCGUCACAAAGUGCAUGCAACUUUCUAUCAUCUUUUUCCCGCUGCAAUUACUGUACAAUUCGCCGUACCCUUCUUGGCCACCAGGCUCACAUUUUCUGCAAACACUAAGGCAUUGACGGAGUCUUUUGUGUUACUCGGUUCCUUAUUUUUGGCAAUGUACACCGUGUCGAAAGGUUCCGCAUCGGUUUCACCAAAAAAGGAUGACGGUAGACCAUUGUCGCCCCGGACGGAACCUCGGGAGGGAAAGCGGAACAGCGGCAUAUCUAUCCCAUUAAUGAAGCUACAUCCCGGAUUUGUCUGGAUGAGCGUGCCAAAGAACUUCCGGCCAUGCCCGGACGAUGGUGCCUCGACUGGCUUGUUGUUGCCUCCCCUCAUCGCCGUGUCUCUUCUGUUGUCUGCCAUACGCAAAGCUGCAUCCCCUGAAUCUGGGCUUUUGCCUCGAGGAUGGCUUAUCGAAGCCCCUCGUGUGCUAUCGAAAGGCCAAUCGUCUCUUUCGGUACUCGAUGCUCUUAUUUUGUCAAGACGGAGCCUAGUUGACUACGCGGCACUCUGUUCGUUCAUCCUCGUGGUCCAAAUCCUUGCCUCCUCAUGGUACGAGGCACGCUAUCGCCGGCACCGGAGUGUCCCCGAGGGAGAACGGGGUUCGGUACCUCGCAGUGAGAUGCGCCGCACUUGGCUGUACUCAGCAUUUGGUCUUGUAUUUGUGCUAAUCCUCCUAGCUGUGCGGUUCUUCCUCACACAGCAUCACAUCGCUAUUUGGCAAAAUAUUAGUUACCCCGAGAUCAUCAUAGGGUCUGUCUUCUAUCAGUUUACCUUGUACGUUGCGCUUCGGAAUGGCUCAUGGGGGUUUCACAUUGGGCGAGUUGGCCUUGGUUGCCUUUGGGGGGCUGGCUCUCGGAACGGAGUUGCUCGGUCUCACCAGGACCAAAGGGGAUCUCUCCUCACUGGAUUCCUGCUAUCACCGCUUCUUUUCCUAUCUCGCCACAUAGCCCAACGUCCUGUGCGUCGUCUUCGGUUUCCACAGGAGAAGCCUAAGCACAGGCGAGCACUUGCUGCAGGCUUCUACUUCGGUACAGUUGUUAUCGUUGCAGGGCUGAUCGGAUCGUGGACAUGGUGGAACUUGGGUAGGCGAGAUCCAUGGCUCUGGGCGAUUUUCUGGAUUCUGGAAGGCAAGAAGAAAUGGACUCGCCCGCUCCUCUUGGCGUAUUGGGCACUCGUAGGAAGCAUCAGUGUUGCUGGUUGGAAUCGCCAACUGUCAAGAUCUCGGAAGAAGUACUGGCCACGGAAUACUUCCGUACACUUAGGGGAGAAUGUGACUCAAGCAGUUCCGGUUGGUGCCACGUCGAGUCAGAAGGGCGCCGAAGGCGUGCCACUAGGUGGUCCCUCUGGGGCGCUGGGUCUCGCUUUCCCUCAGCUUCCAAACGGCACGCAGGUAGCGACUGAUUUGUUGGAUGCCGCGGACAAGCAUGUCCCAACGUUGGGUGUCAACGCACGUCGCAAGUUUUUCCAUGGACUGGCAGUAGCAAUGUUUCUGCCAGCCUUUGCCCUGUUCAUAUUUGCGGAAUAUGUGCGAUACUUUGCCGUCUAUCCGUUUGGAGCUGCUGUCCAUUUGUUCAUGAACGAGUUCUUGGAUCAGAAGGAUAGUGGGACGGCGAUUUUAAGCCAUUUCUAUCUCCUCACUGGUUGUGCAGGGUCUGUUUGGCUUGAAGGACCAUCUCAACUUGAUCAGUAUACUGGCAUCCUCGCGUUGGGCGUAGGCGAUGCGAUGGCUUCGAUCGUUGGUAAAAGGAUUGGGAGAUACCGCUGGUUUGCGGGUUCUCCCAAAACGGUGGAGGGUAGUAUGGCGUUCGUGUUUUCCCUGGUUAUGUGUGCGUGGUGUCUCCGUCUCUUUGGAUUGGUGGAAGAUUUUUCGAUGUUACGAUAUGCUGCGGUGGUGACGUUGGUGUCGGUGUUGGAAGGGUUGACUGACCAAAACGACAACUUGACGCUACCAUUGUACAUGUGGAGUAUGCUUGUAGUCGUAGACGGUUACUGGAGACAUGAUGCAUCCUCGCUUGUGCCCCUUCAAGUUGGAAUUUCUGGAACCCCAGGGCCCCAUGAGCCGGCCGGCGCUUCACGAGCGCGGAAUGACGUCGAGGGCGGGCGGGCGUCACUUGCGCCGUUUGUCACGCUUACACACCGGGCUCCACCCCAGGAUCCGACCUUCCAGAUGCCUGUUCUGCGCCUACCCCAAUCCCGCGAACGCGCUCGCAUACCUUCAAGGCCUGCCACUGCCUCCAUUGUCGAAGGAACUCCAUCUUUUGUCCUCCCGGAUCCAUCGGCUUCGGCCACGUCUUCUUCGGGUAUGCAACAGACCUCGUCUAAGCCUCCUGGCUGCACACGCUUCGUCGAUACCGAAACGUCGGAAUCCGGUGGCCAUUCAAAUGAUUCGAACGAUUCCACCUCAAAUUGCGAGAGCAGCACCUCUGCACUACCGCGUGGUUCUGAUUUCAGAUCUGUUGAUUCUUACAACUCCGACUACGACUGGGUGUCCUUCAUGUCAGCCUAUGCUUCUGGCCAAUGGAAUCCACACAAGACGCCAAAUCCUCCUCGUGCUGCUGUCGAGGCACCGCUGCGUAAUGAAUACAGCUCCACCUCCUCACCUUCGGUACUGAAAGCAGCAGCACCCGUCGUUGCCCAAUCGCCCUCAGAUUCACUCAUCUCUGGGUACACAAUCGUAUCCUCCCCAGUGGCUGAUUCCGCACGUGUGGAGGAUUCUCACAGCAUCAGUCAUGAAAUUUCGCAAGCCAACCCUGCAUCAACACCUGACAAAUUUGUUUCGAAACUCGCUCCACCUGCGGCGUCGCUAGUGGGGCGCCGCUUUCGUAAAUCACUGAAUGACAUAAGACACUCCACGGGCGGUCAAUUGAUGCAGCUGUCCCUCGAUGGCGCUCAGAACUUCAGUCCGGACGCUACCACUGCCGCUGCGACGAUGCGAGUCGCUGCUGCGAGAGUAAACAUUUCGCCGUUGGCUUUGCCAUCGCCAGAGCAUGAACUCACUGAUCCAAUGCGGGGGGUGCAUGCUGCCAUUCCUGGAUCCCAUCCACCAGCGUGUAGUACACCGAUGAGUCAGUCUACACCAGGCGGUGGUCGUAAGACUCGCCUUGGUAGUUUCUGGGAAGGUACCCAGGAUGUUGGUGAGGAUGUAGAACGACUGUCCACAAUUCACGGUUCAAAUUCGAACUCACCCUCCCGAUCUGAGGCAGACGAAGCUACACCAGAAACGCACCACCGAGGUCCUUCUGGAGAAGUACCGAGCCAAUGGCAAGAUUAUGUUACUCUCCGCCGGGAUUCUGAGCCUAGUGAUCUGAAUGUCACGACUGUUCCCGCGUUGCCUCGUAGACGAUCGCUCGAGAUAGACUACUUCCCGGAGGCCGUUCUGUGUCUGACACAGUAUCUGGCUAUCGCAUUGGGACGGGCGGCCAAGGAAGAGCAGAUGUUCGCAGAGUUGGGUUACUUGGCUCCUCCGAAUCCUCCGGACGAACUCGAGCGCCGGAGGGCUCUAUACAAGUUCAACAUAUGGAAUACAGCCCCCGAUAUUAACUUCGAUCGGAUUGCACACUUGGUCAAGCUGGUGUUCAAUACCAAGAUUGUGCUGAUUUCUCUUCUGGACGGUACCGAGCAGUGGUACGCAGUUGGAGCGAUGCCCCCGCGUUAUGUCAUUCUGUGCCCAUGCUGUGCUACAACGGUAAAUCACUAUCACUUUAGGUGGUGUGACGAACCCACAAUUGUGCUGGAUACACAUACGGAUUGGCGAUUUGCUAAGAAUCUUACAUCCCGUAAGCCCCUUGUUAUCGGGCCACCAUAUGCGCGGUUCUAUGCAGGAGCUCCACUGCGAACGCAGGACGGUUAUAACAUCGGCAGUUUGUCGCUUAUGGACGACUCCCCUAGAUCAGAUUUCACCCCCCGACAACGCCAUACCCUUAAGGAGUUUGCGGCGAUUGUAAUGCGUGAGAUGGAGCUUUGGAGAGACAAAAUCCAACUUCGCAUAAGAGACAAAAUACAGACCUCCAUGGAACAUUUUAGCCGCGAAUGUCUGGAGAUUGACCAGGGGGAGUCCCGAAAACCAGACAUCUUCACGUCUCCGUCGAUGGACAAAGUAUAUGAUCGCGCAGCUAAAUUGGUCAAACGUACUUUGGACGUGGAGGAGGUCCUGGUCAUGGACGUUUCACAUUGUGAGGUGUUGGAGACGCUCAAUUCUGAAGCGACCGUGUCAGUAGUCAUGCACCACGGAAAUUCGCAAACACGAGCGUCCUCGCGGACACUCACUGCUGAUGAACAAAGCAAGCUUAAUGCGUUCUUCAAGCAGUACCCCGAUGGCAAGAUUUCCGAAGGAAUACUGCCUGUUUGCUUCCGUCCCUUUAUUCCGACUCAUAUACAAUAUGCUCUGACUGUCCCUGUCUUUAAUAUUGACAAACGCCCGUUUGCUCUUAUAUGCGCAUACAAUGCAUCUGAUCCUUCACGGCGUUUCCUGGAAGGCCACGAACUAUCUUACCUACGUGCUAUAGGAGUGAUCAUCUUAUCUGCAGUAUUAAAACGGAGAAUGAUGCUUGCGGACCAGGCGAAGAGCCUGUUCAUCUCAAACAUUUCUCACGAGUUACGGACACCACUUCAUGGGAUAUUGGCUGCUGCUGAACUUCUUGCCGAUACCCCAUUGAACCAUGGCCAAACAUCGUUUCUUCACACUGUCCACGCCUGUGGUACAUCCCUUGUGGAAACAGUAAACCACGUGCUUGAUUUCACAAAAUUAAGUGGCAAUGUAAAGUCGGGAGGCGUCGACAACGUUAUCACACGUAGCAGAGUUGAUCUUGAACAGCUCGUGGAAGAGGCGAUUGAUGGAUCAUGGAUUGGCUAUUGUGCACGCGCUUCGGCACUACGAGAAUCUGAAAUCGGCAGUGUUUACGCUCCGACACUAGAUCACCGAACCUCCAGCGUGAUGAGUGCUCCCUCAUCAGCCCAGAACGUUGAGAUAGUGGUGGACAUUGACCGUCGGAGAGGGGCAAGGGUGGACAUUGAAAUGCGACAAGGGUGGCAUACGACGAGUUUUAAUGAACUUGUUUGGGAACAGCCUGAAAUUCACAUCACGUCGCCUCCGGAAGAUGCCAAUAACAGGACGGUGAAAAUUGAGCUUUGCGGAAUUAGCCAGAACUUCCUGAAGAAUCACUUGUUCCACCCAUUCUCUCAAGAGAACCCCUUGCAGACUGGGACUGGACUUGGUCUCGCUAUUGUACACAGCAUCGUGCGCUCCCCAAGUGUAGCGGGCAAAGUGGAGGUCGUCAGUGAAGAGGGUGUGGGAACGGAGAUUAAAGUUGUCUUCGAGGCGGAGACCUUGGACGAACUGAACAACCUACAAGAGCCCUUUGUGUUCGACGAUCCCGAGAGACCACCAGUCCUAUCGCUUAUUGGAUUCAAGAGACGCGGUCGCGGCACUCAGCUGUUGCACGACGUUGUUUGCAAAUAUUUGCGAAGUUGGUGGGGAUUCCCCUUGCGCCACGAGGGCGAAGAGCUCGGUGACAUUGUUGUCGUCAACGAGGACCCUUCUCCGGUUGUCACCGCUUUGGAGAAGAUGGAGACAUCUCGAUCCUUUAUCAUCUUGUCCUCGAGUCGGGGUAGUCCUCGUGUGAUUGGCGUAUGCAAUGCAUAUGAGAAUAAUGGAGGCUUCUGCCGAAUCGUGCACAAGCCUGGUGGGCCUUUCCGGUUGCGAGCUGCUCUUAAGCAGUUGCUUAGAGCCAGGCACCGACGUCAUCAACGAAUCGCCAGCCACAGUAGCGCGGUCACAACAGAAGAGGAUACUGUCUCGCUGCAUUCCUCCAUGCUUGUGGACGAUUUCUCAGGGUCUGAAAGGCGUCGGCGAGGAAGCAUGGACGUGUGGAGCACCAAUCCCCGCUCGCCGCCCGCUCCACCCAUGUCUAGCCCGGAGUUGAGUAGUUCGACCGCUGUCGAUUCAGAAAGGGAUUCAGCGUUUCAAAGUCUGGACAUCGAUUCAAAUGUGGUGAAUGACAUGAACGCAUCCGUUACAUGUGGCAUCAACGAGACCAUACCCCAACAAUCAGCGAGUCCCACGACUGGAGGUUCAACGCAUCAGGUGAAAAAAGUCUUAGUGGUAGAGGACAAUAGCGUUCUUCGCAACUUGCUAAUCAAGUGGCUGACGAAGAAGGGUUUUGACUACCGAGAAGCAACGGAUGGCCGUCAAGGAGUCGAUGUUUUCAAGUCUGAGGGUCCGUUUGACGUCGUACUUCUGGAUUUAUCGAUGCCAGUUCUGGACGGAGUCGGAGCCACCGUGGAGAUCCGGCAGAUUGAACGCUCGCAAACUGCACAACGUUCGUGCGUCAUCCUCGCUCUGACUGGGAUGUCCUCCCUGGAAGACAAACGAAAAGCAUUUGAGGCAGGCAUGGACGGCUAUCUUGUCAAACCGGUGGCUUUCAAGACUCUUGAUGACAUGUUCCAUAAUUUGCACCUUUCGUGA